CUAUCGGACUAAACAUGUCAUUCUUAGCCUUUAGACUUCAAAUAGGUCAUGUGACAUCUGGGAAAGCGAAAGUCACAUGGCACUGUAGCAGAUAGCAUAUAGAAAGCCUCUGAGAUCCCAUCAACGUAUCAAUAUAUCAGUUUAAUUAGCCGAAAGUGUGGGGCUGAUAGUGAACAUAUUGCAUGUGCCUGGCUGCAGUAUUAUCCCAAACAUGUCUUUGAAAACCUUUAAGGCAAAUAAUACACAACCAAAGGAAAACAGGGAUCAAAUGCCUGAAAUACUUGUACAACUUCACAAUGCAAGUGUCAAAUGUCUGAAGAGUUGCCGCCCUAAUGCUCUAAGAAGUCUUGAAGAUUCUUCUGAAGCCAACAAAGGGACAAAAGUCUUUAUGCAACUCAUUUGGUUUAAAAAACAAAUGAAACAGCAGUUAAAAGAUAUGAAGACUGGCCUCAUAACACGAGGCAUUUCCAAAGAAGAAAUAGAUGGUUCAUUCAGUGUAAGCUUGAGCGUGGCUCGUGACCCCUUGGAAUAUGAAGUGUGCUCUGUGACUAAUAAAGAGCUUGCUCUCAAGAGGAUGCAGAUUUAUAAUGCUUUGCGGACUACUUUACACACGGACCCCAUGCAGCGUUCGUCAGUAUUGGCAGUGAUGAGACAUUCUGCAUCUAAUUGUAAGCAGAUACUAUCAGUACAGCUGAGCAACAAACAGUUAGAACAGCAGUUGACUGGUAUAUGUAAAAGAAGAAUGGAAAUUCGGAUCCAACAGCAAGAUCUCUUUGGAAAGUUAAGAUAUUCAGGAAAAACAAAUCACAAAAUCCAUGAUAUAGAAAUGAAGGCAUUUGCUACAGAGAGAAAACAUUUGGAAAGUAUUUUUACUGAAGUGGUUAUCCUUCAAGAAGUUUUUCAGAGGUUACUUAUGAGUGUCAAACUGCACUGGGCAGAAAACCCACAUUUAAGAUCUCUUCUGCUGAGGAUGAAAGAUCCACGCCUGUCUCCUGUAAUCUCAUUAGAAACAGACUAUUGGGUUGAUUUACUAAAGGAAUAGAAACUUUUUAUCAAAUGAAUUCACUGAGCUUAGUAAAUAAGCUGAAGCUACGUUAAUUGAACCGAUCCUGUACUAGCAAUCGUGUUACUGUACGGUCAAUCCUGUAGUUGAACUGUAAACUGAAUAUAAAAAUUAUUAUAUGUAAUAUUUUUUCAUUUUUUUUUUUGUAUGAAAUAAAGGUAUUUGUACCCAC